UAGUGCUUUAUUCAUAUUCUUGUGUUCAUGUUUUUUUGUAGGGCGGGUUUGCAUCCUUUGGAUUUGGAAGUUGGUAAAUGGCUAAGCAAGCAUGCGCCACAAAUUAAGCCUAUAGUAGUGAUGAACAAAUCGGAGUCUAUUGGUGAAUCUCUUGCUGAAGUUGCUUCUGAGGCUCUUGCGCUUGGAUUCGGUGAGCCUACUGCUAACUCGGCUGAGACAGGACUUGGGAUGACAGCACUUUAUGAAGUUCUCCAUCCUUUACUAGAGGAUUACAUGGUCCAAACCUUAAAUGGAAAUAAAACUGUGUCAAGAAUCACUUGACUAGAAGAAGCUGCUUCUUUGUUUUCUCUCUUUAGUGAUGAACCUCAUAGUUGUAUAUUCAGAUAGAUGUACUCAAGAUGAUGUUCCAAGUGAUGAGAACCUCUCUGAAGAAGACGAGUCCAAGUUGCCAUUGCAGUUAGCUAUUGUGGGUAGGCCUAACGUUGGGAAAUCAACAUUGCUAAAUGCAUUGUUGGAAGAAGAGCGUGUGUUGGUGGGUCCAGAAGCUGGUCUCACAAGAGAUGCUGUGAGAGUUCAGUACGAGUUUCAGGGCAGGACCGUCUAUAUGGUUGACACUGAUGGUUGGUUAGAGAGAACAGAGCGAGACAAAGGACCAGCGUCUUUAAGUAUCAUGCAGUCAAAAAAGAGUCUGAUGCGUGCAUAUAUUGUCGCUUUAGUUCUCAAUGCUGAAGAGGUUCUGUCAUAUUCAAACAUAGUUGCCUUCUUUCUGUUGCAAAACUAAAGCGAUGACAUGUUUUUUUGUUCCAGAUCAUAAAAUCUCAACGCAGUAUGACACAUUCAGAAGUAGUUAUAGCUAGACGGGCUGUAGAAGAAGGACGUGGUUUAGUCGUUAUCGUUAACAAAAUGGAUUGUCUAAGAGGGAAACAAAACUCUGAGAUGUACAAGAAAAUCAAAGAAGCUGUUCCCAUUGAAGUUCAGGCAGUUAUUCCACAGGUUAUCUGAUCUGUCAUUACUCCUUAGUAAUAAUUGAAAGAAAGAAACCGAUCUUUUGUGAACUCUUGAGGUUCUUGAGCGAUGAGAAACAUAAUGUUUUGGUUACAGAUUACAGGAAUCCCUGUUGUGUUCACCUCUGCAUUAGAGGGAAGAGGACGUUUACAAGUAAUGAACGUUUACAAGUAAUGAACGAAGUCAUUGGCACAUACACGAGAUGGUGCUCUAGACUUUCACUGGUCGCCUCAACCGCUGGUUAAUUAAGGAUGAUGGAAUCACAAAGAUAUUAUAUCAAUCAUUAAUAUCCUGUUAAAUAAUUGUAACUUACAUAUCCCAUAGAAAUUCAUAGUCUAUUAACAUUAAAAAUGAAAAACUCGAGUUUGAACUAAUAUGUGAAAUCAUAUUUACCUUCCCCAAUACUAAGGUUGGGUACUUUAUCCGAUAUCCAAAACCGCAUUCGAAUUCGAUCCAAAAACUCGAACCGGAAUCCAAAUUGAAGUAAUAAAAUACCCGAGUGGAUAUUGAGUUAGGAGAGAUUAGAUACCUAAACCCAAACAGAUAAUAUCCGAACCCGAAUGGAUAUCCAAAGAUUAUCAAAGAUAUGUAUACUUGAUCUUAUAUUUUUAGUUUAUUUCUUUUAUUUUAUUCAAAAUAAUUAUAUUAAUGCUACAUAUAAGUUUAUAUCAGAUAAUAUAUAUAAUUAUGGAUUGUUAUUCACUUAAAAAACAUGUCAAGCUUUGUUUUGUGCAUUAACAAAAAUUGUAUCCAAAAUUUUAAUUAUAAUAAACAAAUUAGUGUCUUUUUAAAAGAAAAUUAUCUUCAAAAUUAUUAAUCAGUUAUUCUAUUAAACUUUUAGAAAACUCAGUUUAGUUAAAGGUAUAUUUUUAAAUACUAAAAACCUUGAGCAAUGAAUAUUUUCUUUUAAAAAAUCUAAAUAUCCAAACCCGAUCCAAAAUAACAGAAUCCGAACUAAAAAACCCAAACCAGAUCCGAAGAUUAAAAAUAACCGAACGGAUUUUAUAUUUCUAUACCGAAAUACUCAAAAAUUCAAAAUAUCUGAUCCGAACCCGAACGGAUAGCCAAACAUCCACCCUUACCCAAUACCGUUAGAUGAAUAUAUAAAAAUAUACAACAAAGAAAAAUUAACUAAUCUUAAAUACUCAAAGUGUUAAAGACAACAAAUUAACAAACACACGUAUUUUCAGAUUAAGAAAACAAACUUAAAUUAAAAGAAAAUAAAGUACAAAAAAUUUUAAAAUAAAAUUUAUCACUUCAAUGUAACUAAAAACAAUUUUCAAUUACUUAAUAAUCAAUUCAACUAAUAAAAUUCAAAAACUAAACAUUAUUCAUAUUAGUUUAUUAGUGAACUAUUUCUAAAUUAUAAAAAUUAAAACAUUUUUGAUAAAGAAAACGUAACGAGGAAAUAAAACCGUCUUCCUCUCCCCAACAGUCCAUUUCAUGUUCUGUAGCCUUCAUACUAGAGUUUUAGGAAAAUGAACAAAUAAAUAAUUACAAGAUGAUAAUCCAUGCUUUGUGCGGAAUAAUGUUUUUUUUUAAAUAUGUUGUAUUUAAAUAUUAUAAACAAUUCAUAUUUUGUUAUCAAUCACUUUUUUUACGAUUGAUUAGGGAUAGCAUUCGAGUAUCAUUUGGUUCGGUUAGGUACUGUUCGUAUCUUUGCGGGUUUAGUUCAAAUUUUUGCAUGUUCGGUUUAGGUUUAGGUUAGAAUAACUCAUUUAUUUUUAUUUUUAAAGUAAAGUUCAUAUAUACUUUAAAUUUAUAAAAAUCUAAAAAUAAAAAUAAUGUAUAGCAUAUAAAUUUGAAUAAUGUAUGUUAAAAUAUUUAGACUUGACAUUAAAAUUAGUUUAGCUUAAAUAUUUGUAUAGAAAAUCAAGUGAUAUUUUCAGUAUUUUUGGUAUUUUGAGUAACGUUUAUCUAUUUUAAACAUAUAGUUUUCACUAUUUUUAUAUUUUUAAGUAUUUUGCACAAUUUUAAAACAUCUUAUGUAUUUUGUAUAUUCUUUUAGAUAUUAAAAUUGUAAAUAAUUUAAUAUAUUUAAGUAUAUAAAUUUGGUUCAAAUAAACUCUGAUACCUCAAAUAUUUCGAUUCGGAUCGGGUUUAGAUACCAGAAUUUUCGGAUUGGAUUUGGUUCGGUUAUUUGGAUUCGGAAUUUUACGCAACCUUAUACUUUUUAUUGUAACAUAAUUUUAAACGAAACCGAUGAUGGUUCAUAUUUAUUUUGAGUAUGCAACAAUUUUUAAAACAAAACAUUUUCUACUCUGUAUGUGGUCUAUUUAGUUAAUCAUUCAAGACCCAUUAAAAAAACGAUGAGCUGAACUAAAAAAAUGUUACCAAUAAUCAUAAAUUUUAUGUGAGACUUUUAACUAUUUUUAAUAAUUUAUAGUCGUUUUAGAAAAUUUGAAAUAUAACAUAUAAGAAAAAAUAUAAUUUUUAAUUAUAUAUUUAAUGUAAUAUAUAAUUUUUUUAUUGCAUAUAUAAUAUAUAUAAUUAUAUAAAUAAAACAAAAUAAAUAGAGGAUAAAAAAUUGCUAUUAAAUAUUUAUUAUUUAUAAUCAUUAAUUAUGAUAUAUAUGUUAAUCAUAUUAGGUAAUUUUGUAGUUUUUGUUUAAAGAAAGAAUUGUAUUCUACUAAUUCAUUUAAUAGUUAGUUUAAAAAAACAUAAUAUAUGUGUAGAUAGAUCAACCUGUUUUUUUUAACAAUUCUGAAAAUAAUUUUCAUAUAUGACACAUGGUCACCAAAAAAUGUUGUAAUACUCCAUAAUUAAUAUAUUGGAAAUUAUAUUACAU